AUGUUUCUUAGAAAACGCAAAGCAGGCUUAAGUCAGCGACGACAGAAUCAGAAUAUUUCAUUUCGUCUACGUAAACAAAAACAAAAACAUGUUGAACAAGUAAAAGAAAACAAUAACAUAAAUAAAAGUGAGAGUGAAAAUGAAAAGGAAAUUUCUGCUAAUGAAGAGGAACAAAUUGUUAAUAGUGAUACACUAUCAAUUUUAUCAACAGAAAAUUUAAAUAGUAAUAGUAAUUUAGAUUCUUUAACGCAAAAUUUGAUACCAAAUGAUAACUGGCAAAUUGAUAUUUCAAAUUUGUUAUCUGACGAUGAAAUGGAAUAUAAUGAUAGUAAUUUUGUGAAUGAAGAAAAUGAAUAUGAAGAUCAAACAGUAGAUAGUGAAACUAAACAAUAUGACAAUAGUAAUAAAAUACACAAUUUUUCCGGAAAGGCAGAACCUUAUUUUUCUAAUUUUACACAUUUUUUAUUAUUUAUGUGGAUCACAAAACACCAAAUAGGUUGCGAGGCAUAUCGGGAUUUUUCAAAUAUUAUCAAACAUCCAGAUUUUAAUAUCAGUGAUGUUCCAUACUCUAUUACCACAAUUAAAAAAUACUGGGAUAGUUUACCAUUAAUUACAUUUAAUGGUUAUGAUAUUGAACUUAAUGAUCGUGAUACUCCUUCAACAUCAAAACCAACUCGUCAAGCAUUUGUAUUUCAAUUAAAAAGAAUUUUACAACGUAUAAUGCUAAAUCCAUCAUUACGUGAUCAAAUGUAUUUUGGUUCAGGUAUUUAUUCCGAAAUUAGACAAGAACUAUGGCAUGGUAAUAUUUGGCAUAAAUCACCAUUAUUUGGCAUUACAUACAUCUAUAUAAAUAAUGUUAUGUAUAACCUUGGAGACUUUAUUACAUAUUAUGAUAGAAACUCCAAUACUUCUAUUAACUAUGGACGAAUUAUUGGUUUUGUUAUUUGUGACAAAACUAAAUGUUUUUUAAUAAAAGCAGAAAGAAUACUUGAUUUUAAUUCAUUACCAAAUCUUCUGAAAUCUCGUCAAAGAAAAAAUCAAAUUAAUAAUACACAAAAACUUUGGAUGACUAAUGAGAAUGAAAUGAUUGAACUCAAUUGGAUUGAAUCUAAAAUCAAUGUAUGGCUUAUGGAUACGAAAAAACCUGACAAUUAUGAUUAUUGUAUUAAUGAAAUUGUCUAUAAGAGUAAUAAUAAAUGGAAUACACGAUCAGUUGAUCUUCGUCACAAACAUCCAAUUGAAUAUACUCCAAUACGAAAAAUUUCAGAUGAAUUACCUGUUUUUAAAUUUUUUCUUGAUAUUUACAUUGAUAAAUUUGGACCAUUUCGUAAUGCAUAUCAUGCAAUAGGAGGAAUCUAUUUACAAAUUGGAAAUAUGACACAAGUUAUGCGUCAGAAACUUAAAAAUCAUUUUCUUUUAGGAUUUAUUCCUUUUGGUGCAAAUUGUAAUGAUGUUUUGAAACCUAUAAUUGAAGAUAUAAAAGAACUUGAAAAUGGAUUUGAAAUGGAUUUAGAUAAUAAGCGUAUUUGGAUAACUGGUGGAUUGGGAAAUAUUACAUCAGACUUACCUGAAGGAAAUGAACAAGCUGGAAUUAAGAAUCAUAAUGCUAACCAUGGCUGUCGUACUUGUACUAUCCAUCAUGAUGAAUUAAAUAAUAUGUCUUUUGAUCUUGCAAUGGGAGAACGUUACCAUCACAAGACUUCUUUACAAUUUGUUGAGUUGGAUAAUGCUCAAACUCAUGGUGAAAAAGAAUUCCUAUCACAACAAUAUGGAAUUCGAAAUAAACCUUCAAUUUUUGAUAAUGUGACUCGUGAUCGACAUUUACAAUGCCCUCAUGUAAGGUUGCUUGCUGAAACCUAG